UUCUUCUUUCAAACCAACUACUCCUUGCUCACUUAAUCAUCUGAUCUCAAAAUGCUGCAGGCUGCUCUCUCCUUCCAACCAUCAACUCUCCCCAGAGUCACACCAUCCAAAACCUUAGUUUCCCCGCUACGUUCCAUUUCUGCUCCAAGAACCUCCCUGUGCCCCUCAAUCAAAGCCACUGCAGUGGCCAAUGAAGCUUUGAUGGUCGAUUACAGUUCCAUGGCCUCUGUCUUUCCAGCUGAAGCUUGCGAGACAAUUGGAGGAGAUGCUUGCAAUGUAGAAAUGUAUCCUGAAGUGAAGCUCAAUUCAGCACCAAGAAACAACAUACCAAGGACGGCAUCAGAAGGGGUAGAGAGGGAGUAUCUUGAGUACAAUGAUCCCAAGACGGUAUUUCUUGGAGAGGCUUGUGAUGAUCUCGGAGGAGAAUUCUGUGAGCCUGAGUACCUGCGUGGAGUUCACUAAAAGAGACCUUGUAUAUAAGAUCUUAGAUCUAGUCUGUCUGUUCUUCUCCAUCCUUGUACUUAUAUAUCCAUAAUAUCAGACAUGGCAAUGACUAGUAGUAGUAGUGUAUUUAAACGAGAGUUAUAUUAUAUGUUGAAAUA